GCAAAUUUUAAUCACAGUGUAUUAUAAGGAAAUAUUAUAAUUCUGAUCCUCCACAUUUUUGGCGCAUUAUCAAUUACUUUCGAUUAUACCACGCCACCAAUUGCCAAUCAAAUAAAAUGAAAGUAAACAGGUAACGUCCGGAUGUUUUCACAAACUCCACUCCAUACACUUUUUAAUCCAUGAAGUGAUUACGAGAAUAAGAAAUGCCUCAAUCAAUAUUUCACACCAGACCUGAACAUCAGACGCCAUUACCAGUUGUUUAACAAAAGCCAAUUAAGCUUUGCUCUUAAAGUCCUAAGUGAUGUCCUCUGAUGGUCGUCUGGGUGGCUACUUGCCUUCUUCUUGAAUUCCAGACCAAUGACCCCAACAAUACCCUUUUCACUGUUUAUCUUCUCGAAUAGUGUCUAAGGAAAGCAAAUCGAUAUUUCUUUUAUUGCUGAAUUAAAGCCACAAAGACAUCGCCUCUUUGAACAGCACCAACUCGAGAAGUUAUUCCUGGCCCAGAAUACGCCAGUCUGAUGUAGUCUUAUAAAAUUGGCCCCAAAUUAUUAUUUUUCGCUACUCAUUAAACCAUUCAUACCACAAAAAUAUUCUACUUAUAAACAAAAGGGUUACAGUAUGUUUAUUUAUGUAAGUAUCCCUGCAUUUCAAUAUCGACCAAACUGACCAACAUUUUCAAAAAUGUUUCAAUCUUUAUUUUAAAAGAUGAGCACAUGGAAAGUUAUAAUUCUGUAAAGAAAAAAAGAACACAAUACUUAGACGAAAGAUAAAACGGUGAAGAAAGGAGGACUAAAAAAGACAUAAUCUGUAAUUGUUAUUUAUUUUAUUUCAUUUGUCUAUUUUUCUUUCUUUACAUUACUUUCGCUUUUUCUAAUUUACCCGACUUAAACUGACAAUGGCAUGACGUAAAAAUACAAAUGUGUGUAGAUGACCCCCCAACAAAAAAUGAAAUAUUAGGUCCUAUACUAAUGUAUAUCGGGCUAUGAAUUGAUAAAGCAUACAGCCUUCAUUUCUGUUCCUUAGUAUGUUUUAUUUUGCGCCGGUUUUGCCUUAUUUUUUUUGCAACUUGCGCUUUUUCUAUUUAUUUUAUCAUUAUUAUUAUUUUUUUUUUAUCAGUUUUUUUUAAGAAACUCGAAGAAAAAAAUCUGAAUAAUCGAGAAAAUAUUAUAUAAUCAGAAAAGGCGUUAAUAUUCUUUUAGAAUACAAACGCCGUUAAAAUACACACCAACCAACCGGCCUAUAUGGCAAGAGAUAUGCUGAUUGAGCUUGUAGGACAGCUACCCUUCAAACAUCUAUACGCGGCCUGGAGGGAUGCGAGCGUUUUUUGAACGCGCCGAGAAAGUGCAAGUGAAUCUCCGUGUGUCAAGAAGAAGAUACUUAGCAUACAAAGGCUCCCUUUGAUGCCCUGUGGUAGUUGCUUAAACAUGGUAUUAACCCUGGCGUAUAGCAACCUGCAAUGCAUCCCUGGAAAGCAAUUCUGAGAAAGGAACUGGGGUCGUGGCCUUUAAUUGGGCACCAUCCGGAAGACACGUCAAGUGGCUACGACACGAAAUGCGUCGUCUUCGCUCAUAUACAAGGCACCCAACAACCCGCUAAUGCCGAGCGAUACAAAAUGCCUACUCUUUAUCAAAUUUAUUACGAUGGAAUGGGCUAUGAGUUCAAAUCAGUGUCUUUCAUCCCCAUCUCCAUCUAUCUCUGUCACUCCCACCGAAGCUCUCGUCGCCCUCAUUGGUUGACGGCAGUCCAAAGAAGAAGCCGUGGAAAGCCGGAAUUCUUAAAAGCGUCGCCGAGCUGUGAGUCAUGGACGUUCACGGCCAUCUCCACCUCACAAUAUCUACAAAAACAUUGCAGAUAACCUCACGCUGCGUUCAUAUUUACCAAUAAAAUGCGACGAUAUACGCUUUUAUAGAUGAAAAGGGAUUAAAAAGGUCAUGAUUCAUAUACGGUCCUCAUGUGAUAGUCUCGCUGGCUCCGAUGACUCCACGUUGACCCAGAUGUUUAGAUAUACCUGAGGAAAUUUCGUCAGUAGUUGUCCUUUCUAAACACCAGCAUUGAUACAGUCGGACGUCCGCCAACCAAACUUUUCGAUUUUCCGGGGGUGUCUGCGGCAUUCGAGAAAUAAGUGGGCAACGUGCUCGGUAUACACUCAUUGCUAAAAUUAAACAUCCUCUCCUGACAGGUAAACAUUGGUCAGAAGCGUGUUGCGUAUAACUCCUGCAAUUUCUGUUGGCAAACGGAAGAACAACAAAACUUCAAUUGACUGUUAGCCUUGGUUGCGUUUUUAAUUGACGGGUUGUGCGGCUUGCACUAAUUGCCGUGUUUUGUUUCCUCUGAGGAGGGUUCCCCGACCAGUAUAAGGCCACCAGGUACAAAACAGACGAACUUACCAUCAACUCAUUCAUUCAUACCCGAGCAUUCCAUGGCGACUGGAUCGAUAAGCGCUUUGGUGGUCACAGCUGUAUAGAUACUCAGAUACUAUUCCAAAUCAUUGGUUUCUUUUUCUCUCCAUUACAUCGGAUCGUGGGCUCUCUUAUCCUGAAUCAUUUUUUUUAGGAUUAUACGAUUAAUUCUGGUUUCCGAAUGUACAUGAACUUGACAGAAGAUCCGUCCGGGAGAUCCGUUUGACCACUCAGCUGAUAUUGGCAAACUAUUUCGGAAUUGAUCUACCAUUGAUUGAUCUACCAGAUACUAUUUUAUGGUAUUUUUGAUACUACAUCGUGUACAAUAUACAUUACAGUGUUAUAUUGCGUGGUAAAAAUCGACGUGGAUGCUCUCUGAUCAUUUCCUCACCUUCAACCAUCGGGUCGUCUUCGGCGGAAAGGACCAUCGGAACACGUCACAUUGACAAUCGUUCGAGAAAAAUACAUCGAUCGAUUGACCUUGGAAAUUUCUAUCAAUUCGUGAAUCUGGAUUUGUAAAAAUUGAAAUAAAACAUAUUGUGGAAAGGAGUCACGUGGGUGUCUGUUGAAUGCACGCGAAUACAGGCAGCAAGUAGUGGUGGAAUAUCGUCGGAAGAGAGCUCGAACAUCAGCUGUUCAUGAUAAGAUACACUCAAGAGGGCAUUUAAACGUGCUUUACUGCUGUGUAGUACUACCAGUAACUACCCACUAAUAUUACACUGAGUGUUGGUGUGUUCGAGUUUUCAAUUGCUUCCAUUAAAACAUUACCAUCAAAUUUGUGUUCGAUUUUCAGAGGGAGUGGAAUUCGAAAUAGCAAGCAUGGGCAAUGAAGCGCAUUGCCGGCGCCAUUCCGGCGGAACCGGGUAUGUUCUCAUGUCGACAACUCUCAUCAUCAUCAUCCUUUCCCAUGCUACGCUAACGUCCACCUUGGCGAGCUGCAACGUCGAUUCGUCAGUCAGUCUCGCGGAUAGGACGCAAAACGCAGAAACUGUGUUAGCAGGGACUCUCUUGAAGCUGGAAGGCGAGAGUACGUUUAUUUUCAAAGUUCUUCAAGUUCUUAAAGGGGACGGAGGGCUCUUUAAGAAGAAAAUCAAGAUAAGAGUACCUGACGCCACGGGGUCACGUGAUGCGAGCGAUACGGCGCCAUCUACUAGGGCGUAUCCCGUUGCCAUGACGAUACCAUCACCUCUGUCUCGUCGUUGCCUGAGUGAAGCUGAUUUGGGAGAAAGAUACAUUGUGUUUGUUCGGAGAGUGGAAUCAAACAGGAGAAAGUUCGAUCUCCUGUUCGAUGGCAUCCCCCAAACGAGGAAAGCAAUUAAGGCAGUCAAAGUCGCCAUCGUGGAUGAUGUCACGACAACCAGGCCGACCACGCCCAUCCGUGUCUCGUCAUCGAUAUCGACGCAGACGAUUGGAGGGAAUGAAAUGACUACGAGUGACAAUCAGCAAUCUACCAAUGCUCAAGAUUCUGGCGGUGAGUUGACGACACCCCCCCCCCCCGUAUCCCAUUUAUCAUCCUGA